CUCGUGCGCCCGCGCACCGCUCGCGGUGUGUUAGUGUGUGUAUAGUGCCAGGCGAAAUAGGUCAAAGUUGCCAGUGACGCGAAUCCAACGCGAGAGAUUGAUGAAUGCAAUCACCAAAAAUCUAUUUCUGACUCGAACUAACUAGGAUUUAAUUCUAAAAAAUCGAUCUUUAAUAACUUACGUCAAAACAGAUGACUAUCAUGUGUGAAAGUUUAACGGAAAACAAAUGACAGUGAUCCUUCAAACAUGUCUCAAAACGGUUCGAGUUCGGAAACAAAGGAAAGUGAGAUUGUGAUCAGCGUCAAUGGCGCGAAAAGUAACAGUUCGAUCAAGAUGGCGGAACUCGAAGUACAAAAUGGCGGGAAAACGGAAGUGUCAAAGGAGCUGUUGGGAGUGCCCAGGAGUGGACACCGGAAGUCGUUUAUGGAGGAGGAGUGCGCGAAAGAACGGAUGCGAUUGUCCUUGCUGAAGCAGUGUUCAGCCAUUUUGAAGCAAGGCGAGGAGAAAUACACGAAGGAGGCUUUGCACAGGACUUUUCAGGAUGAGGAUCUAUUGGAUAGGAUAUUUCGGCUUUUCGACACCGAGAAGAAGGACUACCUGGUGCAGCAAGACUGGAUUGAGUAUUUGAAAGGAAGACUCACGGAGGAGAAGCAGCUGGAUUUCAUCGAGCAGGUGGAGAGUGUGGCAUACGUCCUGGUGGGCAGCGGCGAGCUCACGCCGCAUGCCUUCAGACAGAUUCUGCAGAACAAAGUGGUGACGAACAAACUCUUCCGCGUGCUAGAUACGGAUGGUGACGGCUACGCCACCGCUGAUGAGGUCAUGGAGUUCCUGUCAGGAGUCUCCAGCAGCAGGCCGCGGGCGGGCUUCGACAAACACAGCGUCGACAGACUGGAACAACUCUUCAAGGAGACCGUUGGUGAAGAGAAGGAGAUCACCAGAGACCAGUUCAGGAAGAUAUUGGUGUCCAAAAAUCCGUUUUUCACGGAGCGGGUGUUCCAAAUCUUCGACGAGGACGACUCGGGUGCCAUCUCGCUGCAGGAGUUCAUCGCGGCGGUGCACCGCUUUGCGGGGCAGACGCCUGAUGACAAGAUACGGUUCCUGUUCGAGGUCUACGAUUUGGAUGGCGAUGGCCUUAUCCAGCACAGAGAACUCCAGCACGUAAUGCGAGCCUGCAUGGAGGAGAACGGCAUGCAGUUCAGCGACGAACAGCUGCUCGAGCUCACGGGCGCCAUGUUUGAAGACGCAGAUACAGAAAAUAGGGGCGCUAUCACCUUUGAAGCAUUGAGGCAUCAGCUGUCCAAGCAUGACGGGCUUUUGGAGAAUUUGUCUAUUAGUAUAGACCGGUGGCUCGUCCCCCCAAAACCUACUCCAGAGCCGACGUCUUUCCUACAACGCCUCAACCGUCUGAAGCCGUACCAGCUCUCGCUGCCGUACUUCAAGAACAACUACGUGUUCGUGGGGUAUCUGGCGGUGUUCUUCCUGGUCAACCUCGGGCUCUUCGUGUCGAGGGCUAUUGAGUAUAGACAUCACCAUGGAUUCGUCAUCGUGGCGAGGGCUUGUGGCCAGUGCCUGAACUUCAACUGCGCGUGGGUGCUGGUGCUGAUGCUGCGGCACUGCAUCACGCAGCUGCGAGCCCGCGGGCUCUCCGCCGCCCUGCCGCUCGACCACCACAUCUACCUGCACAAGCUCACCGGGGUGCUGGUGGCUGUAUACAGCGUGGUGCACACUAUUAUGCACCUGUGCAACUUCAGUCUGAUCGUGGUGAACGACCCCAUCACGAACGCCAACAACUACACGCUGAACGAGUGGCUGCUGACGUCACGGCCGGGGCUGUUCGGUUUGGUGGCGGGCUGCGCCAACCCCACAGGUGUUGCGCUGUGCCUCGUACUGGCCAUCGUGUUCGGUUGCAGCCAGCCGUGUAUAAGGCGAGGGGGGAGUUUUGAGGUGUUCUACUGGACGCACCUGCUGUACAUCCCGUUCUGGGUGCUGCUUCUGUUCCACGGGCCCAACUUCUGGAAGUGGUUCGUGCUGCCGGGCACCGUCUACGUCAUCGAGCGGGUCGUGCGCCUCGUGUGGAUGAGGUCUGAACACGGCAAGAGCUACAUAUCCUCCGGUAUCCUUCUCCCGUCGCGCGUCACACACCUGGUGGUGAAGCGUCCGCCGCACUUCGAGUUCCGAGCGGGCGACUACGUGUUUGUGAACGUGCCGGCCGUCGCCGCUUACGAGUGGCAUCCCUUCACCAUCAGUAGUGCACCUGAGCAAACUGAGCACAUCUGGCUGCACGUGCGCGGCGUGGGCGAGUGGACCAACCGCCUGUACGAGUACUUCGAGCAGGAACAUGCAAGAUUGCACGGCUCUAACGCAGUGCACGAUAAAGUAGCCCGCACCAGUUCGGGCCAGAGCAACGUGAGCAAGCGCAAGGGCUCGCUGAUUCUCAAGAAGCGCUCCGUGGACUUCUCGCCGGUGGGGUACGUGAAUGACGGCUUCAGCAUCGAGGAGGAGAAGCCCAAUGGAGACCUUAAAGUGCUAUCCCCAGCGGUGCGAAGCGCGGUAUUCCUGACGCCGCAGAAGUUAGAGAAAUCCCGUUCGAUGCCCGACGUCAUGAACAACCAGAAGAAGAAACAACGACUGCUAGUCUUACGCGACUACAUGCGCUCCGAGUCGGAGAACAGCUUCGACCUGCGCUCGCUUCGCUCAGCGCGCGUCACCGGCGCCUACCGCAGCCCUCAGCUGCGAGCGCUCGCGCACUCCUUCCGCUACCUGCGCACCAAGCCGGCCGCCGUCGCGCUGCCCGCGCCACGUGACCAGGACCGGCGACGUAGCAACGACAGUAUACUUACCAUAGGUCGGUCACAGCAGGUAGGCCACAGUAGGUCACAGCGGGGCACAGCAGGUGACAGCGGGGCACAGCAGGUCACAGCGGGGCACAGCAGUGACGGGACGUCUAUGGACUAUCCCAUUGGGAAACCUUUGGAGAUAUUCCUAGACGGUCCGUACGGCGCGGCGUCUUCCCACAUCUUCGGCGCACAGCACGCGGCACUAGUAGCGGCUGGUAUCGGCGUCACUCCCUUCGCGUCCAUCCUGCAAGCCAUAAUGUGCCGGCACUGGGCCGCGCGCGCCGUGUGUCCGCGCUGCAAGCACGCCUUCCACACCGCUGCGCCGAGCCACGGGACCUCGCUGAAGAAGGUGGAUUUCUUCUGGAUCAACCGCGAGCAGCGUUCGUUUGAGUGGUUCGUGUCCCUUCUGUCCCAGCUGGAGAUGGAACAGGCGGAGCUGGGCGGCGAGCGGUUCCUGGAGAUGCACAUGUAUAUCACGAGCGCGUUACAGCGCACUGAUAUGAAGGCCGUUGGCUUGCAGCUGGCCCUUGACUUGCUGCACGAAAAGGAAAAGCGCGACCUCAUCACGGGCCUGAAGACCAGGACCAACGCAGGCCGGCCCAACUGGGACAAAGUGUUCAAGCAACUGCAGGAACAGAACAAGGGCAAGGUGACAGUGUUCUACUGCGGGCCGCCGCAGCUGGCGCGCGUGCUGAGGGUCAAGUGCGACCAGUUCGGGUUCAACUUCAGGAAGGAGGUGUUCUAAGCGGCUCGGAGGUCAUGCUUCGCUGGUUGCUAGUUCAGUUGGCCCGUUUUAUAACAAGGUGGAGAUGAAAUGAGAGGAGUCAAGUCGUCUCAUCGUUAAAUCAUCGUCU